GAGAGAGGGAGAGGACCAUCAUCCUCACAGAGAGAAGAGAAAGGGGAGGGGAGGGAGGAGAGAGAGAGAGCAAAAUCAAUCAAACCCUAGAAUUAAUGGGCAUUUCGAAAACCUCAACGCUAUUCCUCCUCCUCUUCUCUCUCCUCCUCAACCCAAUCUCAUCCGCCGACCUCUUCGCCCUCAUCUACAAGGGCUGCGUUGCUCAGUCAGCGAGCUCCAAGUUCUUCAAGACAUCGUCUUCUUCAACUGGGCAGCAGAUUUCUGGGCUGUUUCAGUGCAGGGGAGAUCUCAGCAGCAGCGACUGCGCUGCCUGCGUUCAGCACCUCUUGCCCAUGUGGUCGUCUUUGUGUGGUAGUUCCGUUGCCGCUAGGGUUCAGCUCACUGGCUGCUACGCUCUGUAUCAGGUCUCCGGAUUCCCUCAGGUCUCAGGCACUCAAAUGCUAUUCAAAACUUGUGGUUCACGCAGUGCCGGCAGUGGAUUCGAACAGAAGAGAGAUACAGCGUUUGCCAGCCUCCAGAGCGGAAUGACGACCGCAAACGGAUUCUAUGCAACGAGCUACCAGUCGGUGUACACAAUGGCACAAUGCGAAGGGGACUUGUCAUCAUCGGAUUGUGGUGAGUGCGUGUCUCAGGCUGUGCAGAAGUCGGAGGUGGAGUGCGGGGGAGUGAGCUCCGGCCAAGUCUACCUUGACAAGUGCUACAUUAGCUAUAACUAUUAUCCCGAUGGAGUUCCUCAUGGUGGUAUUGGUGGCGGAGAUGGAGGAAUAGGAGGAGCACAAACAGGGAAAACAGUAGCAAUUGUUGUCGGAGGAGCAGCAGGGGUAGGAUUUCUGGUCAUCUGCCUUCUAUUUGCUAGGAAUCUCAUGAAGAAGAAAGAUGGUGAGUGA